AUGAAAUGUAAUGAUGAUACAUUUGUUAGAAUUGAUUCCAUACUGGACCAAGUAAAGAAAGUUAAAAGUGACAAGAGUGUCUAUGUGGGAAGCAUGAACUACUACCAUAGACCACUGAGAUCUGGCAAGUGGGCUGUCACUUAUGAGGAAUGGCCAGAGGAGGCUUACCCAAGUUAUGCUAAUGGGCCUGGCUAUGUGAUCUCAUCAGAUAUUACACGCUACAUCGUAUCUGAGUUUGACAAGCAUAUUGUGCGGCUAUUGAAGAUGGAAGAUGUCAGCAUGGGCAUGUGGGAAGAGAAAUUCAAUAUCACUCAUCGACCGGUAGAGUAUCGGCUCGAUGUCAGGUUCUACCAGGCGGCUGGUUGCUUCGAUGGUUACAUCACCUAA